AUGCCUCCUCCCCAGCGAGUCCUCGGCAGAGAUGGCCCGGAGGUCUCGGCCAUCGGUCUGGGUUUUGGGAGUAUCGCCGGAUCCUAUGGACCAGCUGGCACUCUUGAAGAGAAAGUGGCCCGUCUAGAACACGCACAUGCCACAGGACUCCAUUUCUGGGAUAUGGCUGAUAUCUACGGCGACAGCGAGGACGUCGUCGGAGAGUGGAUCAAGCGAUGUGGCAAGCGCGAUGAUAUCUUCUUGUGUACCAAGUUUGGCCUCCUACGUCAAGGUGAAGGACCAUUCACGUUUCGGUCUGAUCCCGAGUACAUCAAGACUGCUUGUGAAAGGAGCCUCCAGAGACUUGGAGUAGACACUAUUGACCUUUACUACUGCCAUCGGGUGGAUGGUGUCACACCUAUUGAGAAGACCAUACGAGCUAUGGUGGAAUUGAAGAACCAAGGCAAAAUUCGGUAUUUAGGCCUGUCAGGGGUCUCGACGGCUACGCUGGGUCGGGCACAUGCUGUCCACCCUAUCACGGCCCUUCAGAUGGAAUACAGCCUCUUUAGACUCGAGAUCGAAUCUUCCACCUCGGAUAUUCUGAGAACCUGCCGUGAGCUAGGUGUAUCUAUCGUGGCCUAUAGCCCUAUUGGACGAGGUAUUCUGUCGGGUCAAUUUCAAUCCCACGAAGACAUUCCCGCUGGUGACUUGCGUCGCAUAUUACCCAAGUACUCGGAGGAAAACUUCCCCCAGAUUCGAAAGUUGGUACGAGGCCUGCAGGAUGUGGCCAACUCUCAUGACUGUACUCCCGCACAGGUUGCUCUUGCGUGGCUGUUGGCGCAGGGGCCGGAUAUUGUUCCCAUCCCUGGUACGAAGUCGACUGCUAGGAUGGAUGAAAAUGCGGCCUCGGCGCUUCUUCAAUUGAGCGAACAAGAAGUGCGAGAGAUUCGGAGCCUGGUGGAGCGAAUUGAUAUCAAGGGUACUCAGUACCAUGCCACUAUGAUGGCCACACUCUGCACAGACGCUCCACCGCUGGAGGUGUAG